CAAUUGAGUGGUGCUUUCCGUUUCUCCGAAAUAUGAUACAGUAGUGAUGAUAUCAGGAAUAGAUGUCAGAAAUUGAGAAAAACUUAUGACCCAUUUGGACAUAUGAAAAGAGUUGUGGAAUAAUAAUAAUAAUAAUAAUAAUAAACCAUGUCUCGAGAAUAUCUCUAUGCAGUUCAACGGGCUGAACUACUUGGCCAGACCCCACCCAGUCAGGAAGAAUGGGAAGCUUCUAACGUCAAAGUAGAAAUCAAGGAAGAUGAUGUUGAUAAUACUGUGGCUCAAGAUUUGAAUGAGGCCGAUGAGUCGGCCGCCCGCAUUGGGGGUGGUCUUGAUGAACUGAAUAACAUUCUUUCCGCAACGCAGAGGAAAAUUAAUAGAUUCAAGACUGUUUGCGGGAGCUUGGGAACUUUAUUGAAAGUACGGGUUGCUUCACGAGAUAAUACUCCAGCCGAAAUAGCUACUGAUGAUUCUCAAGAUGAUUUCCAAAAUUUUCAACAUGGAACAUUAACAGUUGAAACUUCGAAUGUUAAUGUUGAAUCGAGCCCUGUAUCUCAUAAAAAAAUUGAUAUUAAUGAAAAAAUGACCUCUCAUUUGGAUAAGUUAGAUUCAAUGAUCACCAAGGCUGAGCGAGCGCAGGGGAGCAUGCAAUACCAAACAAAAAUGAUGAAAAAAAUUAUCAGCAAAUAAUCUGUGAUCAUUCAUAAAGUUCAAUAUUAAUUAUGAUAAUUAUUUUUUAUUGUUAUUAUUAUCAUUAUGUACUGUGCCGGCGGUGGUCUUUAGCCAUCAAGUUUAUCAGCUUUUGAUGCUUAUUACUGUUUCAGCUCGUUGCUAUUUACAAUUAAACAUUUGAUAAUGUACAAUUAUAAAUAAUGUUGGUUAAUUAGAUAUAUGUAGAAAUAUAAUUGUUGCAGAAUGUUAUCAUUAUAGAAGA